CAAGGUCACAUUGCGACUGCCCCAGACGACACGCCGCGCCGUCAUCAACGAAUCGGCAUCUUGUGCCAUGUGGCUUCUGGGCUUCUGACAUCGCCGCCUUGCCCCCUCGAUCCCAGGAUACCACCUACCCGUCACCCACCCGAGACAGGCGUCCUGUACAGUUCCUGUCUACGUAGACUUGUAUUCUUGUUUCUCUGUUUUCUUUUUGCUUGCGCAAGCCGCGCCGGUUCCCGCACACAGCCCCAGUCCUUCAAGAUGAUGAUCCUCGGGAGUUUCCUCUACAUCAGCGUCCUUCUCAUCAAUGCGAUCGCCAUCCUGUCCGAAGACCGCUUCCUCGCGCGCCUCAACUUCUCGCCUUCCUCGUACGACCCAGCGUUCGGCCAAAGCCCCGAGGCGAGUGUCAAGGCUCGCACCGUAAAUCUGAUCGCCAGCGUCCGGACGCUCAUGAGAAUACCGCUGAUCGUCGUCAACACCUUGAUAAUAAUAUACGAGAUCGUCCUGGGCUAGUCGGGCAUGCCCCCUCGGCUGAGGGUGUGUGGAAUGGCGAAGUCGAUAUGGGUGGAAUAAAUAGACACCUAUAGCAUAUACUAGGCCGUCUACUCUUUUUGAUUUAUGGACGGCCAUUGGGAUACGUCCCAUUUUGUGGUUUGGCGUUACGGCUGGAGACUAUGCAUGCGCCAGGGGCUGUUUCCUGCGAUUUUACCAUAUAUGGCUAGGUACCUACUGAAGGCGGCUGUUAUUUCAACCCCAUGUUCUCGCGCCAACCGUCAUUUGUAAUGUCCACUUCCUGCCGUGCAAACGACAAAUAACAGAGCCAUGGGCUGGUUAGGCGCACUCAGGGUAUUCACCAGCACGUGCACAUCGACAAAGAUAUCGCGCGACAUGGAUAAUAUGUUUGUGUCUAUUUUUGAUGCCUACAUUGCCGACAUGCAGACCUUCUCCUCGCCG